AUGUUGAUGAAAUCUCGUUCAUUUGUUGGCAGCACCAUGCAUGCGGUUCGUCGGUUCGCCAGCGGUGACAAUUGCACCGGCGACGGCCAGAGCGAAAAACGACCCAACGCCGACCCACUAAAGCCUUUUCGCGUUACGCUCAUCGAAGGCCAAGGACGGGGCCCAGUCGUGUGCGCCGCGGUCCGGAAGAUCUUCAAAGCGGCCGGAAUACCGGUGCAAUGGGAAAAACACACGAUGCACCUGCAACGCGACGCUACGGGUCAGACGGCCAUUAAUCCGGAACUGUUGCAGUCGUGCCGCGAAACGGGUCUGGUGCUAAGAGGACCAGACCCGAGCCCGGACGGUUGGCAAAGCUCGGCCUCUCUGAAAUUGCGCAAAGCCAUGGACGCCUACGUGGGCGUUAGACUGUUCUCAUCGUUGCCCGGCUACGAACCGUUUGGUCACGUGCGCAUGGUCAACAUCCGCGAGAACGUGUCCGGAGAAUACUCGGAAAUCGAGCAUACCGUCGUACCCGGAGUAGUGCAGUCUAUCAAAAUGGUGACCCAAGCUCAGUCCGAGUCGGUGGCCAAGUUCGCGUUCAGCUACGCAGUGUCCCGCGGCCACAAACGAGUGACUGUGCUGCACAAGGCCAACGUGAUGCGGCUGGCCGACGGCAUGUUCUUGCGGGCGUGCCGGAACGUGAGCAAAGGGUUCGCAGACAUUAAGUACGACGAAGAACGGCUGGACAAGUUCUGCUUGCGCGUGGUCCACGACCAUAGCAAAUACGAUAUGCUUCUGACUCCCAGUCUGUAUGGGUCGUUGGCAGCCGCCGUGUGCGGCGCCCUGGCCGGCGGCCCGUGCGUGGUUCCGGUUGCCGCUUACGGGCCGCGUUUAGCCAUGUUCGAGACGAUGAACGACGGCGAAGCCGACUCGUUCGGCGUCGACGACGACGACCAAGUGAAUUUCGGUGCAUCGGCCACCAUGGCCAAUCCGACGGGCCUCAUCAGGGCGGCCGCCUGGAUGCUCAGCCACGUUGGCAUGACCGAAAUGGCCGUCCGCGUGGACACCGCGCUGGCUGAAACUGUCCGACAGGGAGUCAAGACGCCUGACAUGGGCGGAACGGCGUCCUGCGCCCAGUUCACCGAUUCCCUCAUCGAGAACCUUGGAAAUUGA